AUGAACGUAGUUUUUGGAUCAAAAUUGGAGACCGCAAAAAAGUUCCGUAAUUGGGUAUUCACACAAGUGCUUCCAUCCAUCAGAAAAUAUGGGCAGUACAAACUAUUUGACAAUCCCAAUAACAAAAUGUUCAAGAUUGAAAAUGAGACAGAUCUACAUUGCAAAGUUGUACACCUAAUCAGAAACUAUUAUCCAAAAGCCCUUACUGUAACAGGACUUGGAGAAAGCCAAGAUACUCCAUCCAAAAGAAUUAAUAGUUGGAAGAAGGGUUAUACCAAAGGUCAGCCUGAUCUGAUGGUGCUUAAAUACCACGAAGAUUAUAACAGCUUAUGUAUUGACAGGGGCACCCAACGUCAAUUUUCGGAAAAUAUCUGUUCGGAAGCCGGAGAGGUAGGCAAGCAAGAAAUUUUACAAAAAAUGUUCCGAAAAUUCUAGAUCUCAAAUCGGCGAUUUGAGAUCUAGAAUUUUCGGAACAUUUUUUGUAAAAUUUCUUGCUUGCCUACCUCUCCUAGGAUUUUCGAACACCUAAAAAUUGGUGUAAUUGCCCAUCUUUAACGGAUUUUUACCCUAAAAAGCUCACCUAGAAUUUUCGGGAGCCUUUUUUCUGGCUGAAAUUUUCGAAACGGUAAGUUUUGAUCCCUAUGAUUUUCGGAUCUCGAGACUUUCAGCUAGGAAAUCCGAACAGAUGAAAAAAUUUUAGGGGAUAAAAAUAUGCCUAUAUCUACCGUUUAAAUACUAAAAUACGUUUAACAAUGCUAUGUUUAAGUGGUUUUGAACUAUAUUCUCGUUGGGUGCCCCUGUAUUGAAUUUAAAUCUCCGACCAAUAAUUACCAAAUUUCAGAUGCUCAAAGAGAGAUGAAAAAAAGGUACAAGGAAAAUUGCUACCAAUUCAUCCUAAGUAAUGACUAUGAUCACAUCUGUAAAGAAGUACAUAAUUACAUG